AUGGAUCCCUCAAUUGGCAACCAAUUCAAAUCCUCCAACAUCUCAACUAAAAGUCUGAGCAUAAACACAUCAAAAUCCAUCAUCUCAACAAUAGCUAGCGUCACAAACUCAAAAAGUACUCCACAAGAACAAUUUAUACAAACCGAUGACAAGCAUAACCGGUUUUUGUUGAGCAGGGCCAGAGAGGGUAAAGCAAGAAGUUGGACGCCUAUAGAAACACAACCUCUGCCUGGAAAACGUCUUGCUACGGAUAUGCCCACCAACCCGCAGCCAAACAAAUUUAUCUGCUGCUCUGUCUCUAUCCCCAAUGCUCCAAUUGAGGAUCCAUUUGGUCUCCCUCAUACUACCAAACUGGAUGAGCCAAACUCUGAUCCACUUCAAAGGAAGGCAGCAGAUUAUCCAUCUUCAGUCGGUUCACUUUCUGGCUUCGUUUCCCUGAAGCAAUAUGGCUACGAGGAGAAAUAUCCAGGACCUCUGCUCAAACUCAACAUUAGUGGAACGGUCUUCAUUGUUAAAAUAAGUACUCUGCAAAGCGAUCAAAUAGUGUUUGAGAAAAUUAUAGAAGAUGCGGAAUACAUCCCUGAGACGGGUGAAUACUAUUUUGAGAGGGAUCCAGUGGUAUUUCGCUUUGUCCACGAUUAUCUUCGCCACCAAGAAACUCAUUUGCCACUAAACAUCUGUGGACCAUUAUUGGAGAAGGAACUAGAAGCUUGGGGAUUACAGUUGGGUUUCGAUUUGCAGAGAUGCUGUCUUGGCCCCGUCAUGGAAACCAAAUCAAAGAUGGAGUCUUUGCGAAAAUUCGAGGAGACCUUCUCGGAAUUUCCCUUGGAUAAGGAGGUUAGUCCACGCUUAGGUAUCCGAUGGCAGAAACUUCGGCAAUACGUGUGGCGAAUCAUCACUGAUACACCAAAGAAGCGCUGGUUGGGACUGCUUCUGAAAAACAAUGCUGCAGCUAGGGAUAGUAUCACGAGCAUCGACACUGAAAUGGGUCAUUCUGGGCCAAAUAACUUUAGCAACAAUGAUACCGAUCACACUAGAAAACUGAAAAACGGGGGUCAAGACAGUGACUGUGCAAACGACACUGGAGGCGGUAGUGGUGAUGACGGUCGUGAUAACAGUCAAGGAAGUGGCAGUCACUUGAUCAACAAUCCAUUUAAUUGGCGAACCCUGCAAAAAACUCCCAGAGAGAUUAUCUUUAGCAGGGUGUAUGUAGCAGUGCAAUUUCUGAUAGUAGCGUCCCUUAUUAACUAUAUGACUAUAGCCUAUGUUCCUGAGUUGCGGGAGCCCUUUGGUCCAGUCUUGAACAUCUCAGCAGCCAAUACCAAUAUUAGUAGAUCGCAAACAUUCCCCGUUCACAGAUCCUAUAGUGAAUUCGACAACGAGACCCGUCAAGCCACACGACCAAUUUUGCCUCUCCGAGUACUCACAUGGAUCUGUGUUGUUCUUUUUACCGUCGACCUCAUCGCACGUGCCAUAUUCUGUCCAAAUUUCCUCCGCUGGUUACGCUCUUUCUACACAAUCACCGACAUUGUCUCACUCCUUCCUUUUUAUGUUGAAAGUAUAGUGUUAGUCUAUGUCAGUAGGCUCAGCUCCUCUGAGUCAACCGACAAUACUGUAAAUACGCUCUUCUUCAUAAUUGACAUCUUCAACAUGUUCAAGGUCUUCGUUAUCAUUCGAAUCUUUCGGCUGUUGCAGAGGCAGCGAGCAGCUCGUGUACUGAUCUACACCAUUCGAACAGCUGCAACGAACAUUGUCAUGGUGUUCGAGUUAAUACUUUUGUGUGCCAUCUUCUUCGGCACAUCAAUAUUCUUCUUUGACUUGCAAAUUAAUUCCAUCUUCACUGGAAUUUGGUGGGCUUUCACAACAAUGACCACAGUGGGGUAUGGUGAUGUGAUUCCUUCCUCCAUACCAGGCCGACUAAUAGCCGUGCUCUGCAUGAUCAUUGGCAUCUUGCUUACCUCCUACACCAUUCCUGUUCUCGUCAAUGACUUCCUCCUUUUCUACGGUCAUGCCGAUCAACUUGCCUGGAUGCGACGAAUUCAUAGGAGUGCAACCGCUAAGAGGCGUACAGAAAAACGUGAUCUCAUGGCUAAACGACAGAUUAUUCAGGUUAGAGCUCUUAUUAAGCAGGCUGUAAUUGGCUUUGGGACAGUUCACGAUGGAAGUGGCACUCACAAGACCGCUGGUACAAGUGAUGACACUCUUCAACAGCCUACCGCAUCACAUUCUUCAUAA